AUGUCGACAUGGUCAACGACUAGAAAUACGUCCUCGACUGAAUUGCUUGGGUUUUGUCAACAAGAUAUAGACAGCGUCAACAGCAAAACUUCAAAAUAUUCACUCUUAUCAUUUUCGAUGAUCGAUCAGUCAACUGAUUCAUAUGCUAGUAAUCAUUCACAAACAAUUCCACAUUAUCAAACAAUGACAAAUCUCCUAUCAUCUUCGUAUCUUUCUCCAUCACCACCAUCGACAACACUAGCAACAUUACCACCAUCAUCAUUAUCAUCAUCUUCGUCUUCUCCUUCGUCGACAACCAACUGUACUAAUCAUGAUCCUUUGUAUCCUUCAUCUAUCUACCAUCAUUCAGCUGAAGUUAUUGUUAGUCCACAUCGUUCAUCUCUAAUGAAUUCAGCACACUCGUCACCGUUUCAUUAUCAUCAUCAUCAUCAGCAGCAACAUCAUCAACAAAAACUUCGACAUCGUCCUAGUGAACAAACAGACUCUGAUUGUGAUCUCGACAGUUCAUCGAAUUCGAUAUUAUCAUCGUCAUCAUCAACAACUAAUAUUAAUUUAACGAAUUCGUCGUCGAAGUUAAAAAAGCGACGAGCGAAUCUACCCAAAGAUAGCGUUCGAAUAUUGAAGAAUUGGUUAUAUGAACAUCGUUACAAUGCUUAUCCGACAGAUGAUGAAAAAGCGAAUUUAUCUCGGCGGGCCGAUUUAUCUAUAAAUCAAGUGUGUAAUUGGUUUAUCAAUGCUCGUCGACGUAUUCUACCUGAUUUACUAAAGAAAGAAGGUACUGAUCCGAAAAAGUUCACAAUAUCUCGACGAUUUUCUCGUGAUCAAAAACGUUCAUCACCCCCAUCAGCGAUAUGUUCAACAAGCGGUGAAAAUACUUCGACCGAACCAAUGACGACAACAGUAACAGAUAAUACACUGUCCCAAUCACUCGUGAAAAUCAAUGUCAUCACUGAACGUAGUUCUUCACCUUCGUUAAUACUUGCAAAUAACUCUAAUGUGCUCAACAAACAAUUAUCACAACAAAUAGACAAUUCUUCAUCGUCAUCAUCAUCCUCUUCUUCAUCAUCAACAACUGAUCCUUGUUGUAGCGCAUCAACUAGGCAUCAUGUUUUGCUUAAACCUAUUCGUGAUCCAGCCGUCAUCAAUCUAAUAUCGACUGAGUCUAAACAAGCACAAACACGUUUGAUAUGUUCGACUGAUUCCUUAUCAACAUCAACUAGUUCGACAAAUAGUUCAAGUGGUGAUCUCGCCGGUUUUCAACUUCUUGUUGAUGUAGCUGUCAGAGAACUACAUAGAAUACNAAAAGAUGAAGGAAGAAAGAGAAAGUAA